CGCACUAACUGACCGGUAAACUCUGAAGACCCCGGAGUCUCCUCCUGCUAAAGCCUUCACGAUCUAUCCUCACCCAUUUCUUUCAGCUAGUCUCUCUACUAAUCUCACUAAAUCUACACUUGUCGAUCUCAGUCUCGCCCUUGCAUGCUUCUCCAUCUUGUUAUAUUUUCUCUUCAAGUACUGCUGCUACGUGAUUCCCAUAUUUGAAUACUGAACCGCAACUUCAAACUGACCCCAAACUCAGCAGGACAGUAGGUUCAAUUGGAAAUGAGCACAGGGAGCUCUUCACCUCCUCGGUGGAAAUAUGAUGUCUUUUUGAGUUUUAGAGGCGAGGAUACUCGAAGGGGUUUUACAGAUCAUCUAUACACUGCAUUGGAUGAUAAAGGAAUCAUAACUUUCAGGGAUGAUCCUGAACUUCACAAAGGGGAAGCAAUUUCUCCAGCACUUUUUGCUGCAAUUGAAGAAUCGAGAUUUGCCCUUAUUGUUCUCUCACAAAAUUAUGCAUCGUCGACAUGGUGCAUGGAGGAACUUGUGAGAAUUCUUGAAUGCAUGAAAGCAAGAGAAACUGUGCUGCCAAUUUUCUAUGAUGUUGAUCCCUCUGUUGUACGAAAGCAAACAGGGAGUUUUGGUGAAGCAUUUGCUCAUCAUGGAGAAAGGUUUAGCGGUGACAAGGAGAAAGUGUGGAGGUGGAGAUCUGCAUUAACUGAAGUGGCAAGUUUCUCAGGGUGGAAUUCAAAGGAAUGGUAUGAAGCAAAGCUCAUUAGAGAUAUUGUUGAAGUUAUAUGGAAAAGACUGCAACGUACAUCAUUCAGUUAUGAAGAAAAUCUAGUUGGAAUUUACUCAAGAUUGCAGCUAGUCCACUUCUUUUUAGAUGAAGGGGUGGAUGACGUCCGCUUCAUUGGGAUAUGGGGAAUGGGCGGGAUCGGUAAGACAACUAUGGUAAGAGCGGUGCAUCGGAGAAUCUCUCAUGAAUUUGAAUCUAAUUUCCUUCUUACUGAUGUUAGAAACUCUGUUGAAAAAGGUGGUUUACUUAAACUGCAAAAGCAACUACUCUCUAGGAUUGGGAAAAGAAAGGCUGACAUAUUAGACCUUCAAGAAGGAGCCACCAUAUUACAGAAGUUAUUAUGUCACAAAAAAGUUCUUCUCAUUCUUGAUGAUGUGAACCAUUCAAAUCAGUUAAAAUAUUUGGCAGGAAACCGAGAGUGGUUUGGUUCAGGGAGUAGAGUUCUUAUCACAACUAGAGAUGAGCAUUUGUUGAUUGAACAUGAAGUGAAGAGAAGAUUGAAGGUCGAAGAAUUAAAUGAUGAUGAUUCUCUUAAGCUUUUUAGCUGGAAUGCAUUCAAAAGAGGUUACCCUGAAGAAGAUUUUCUUGGUUUGUCAAAAUCUGUUGUAAGUUAUGCCAAAGGUCUUCCUCUAGCUCUUGAAGUACUGGGUUCUUCUUUGUAUCGAAGAGAUCUAAGUGAAUGGAACAGUGCACUGAAAAAACUGGGAAGAAUUUGUAACUUGAAAAUUUUUGACAUACUUAAAAUAAGUUACAAUGAUCUAGAUUCCGAAGAGAAGAAAAUUUUCCUAGACACUGCAUGUUUCUUUAAUGGACAGGACAAAGAACAAGUAACAGAAGUACUAAACAGUUGCGAUUUUUCUGCAAUUAUUGGAAUAAAUGUUCUUAUCGAAAGAUCUCUCCUGACUGUAUCGCACGGAAGACUAAGGAUGCAUGAUUUGCUCCAAGAAAUGGGUCAUGAAAUUGUCCGCCAAGAGUCUCGUAAUGAGCUGGGCAGGUGCAGUAGGUUGUGGCUUCUUGAAGACGUCAAACAUGUCUUGACCAAAAAUACUGGAACUGAAGCAAUAGAAGGCAUAUUUAUGGACUCGACCGAGUUAGGAGUGGACGUGGACGUGACUCCAAAAUCAUUUUUAAUGAUGAACAAAUUGAGAUACCUGAAGAUCAAGAAUGGGAACCUGCCUAAGGGACUUGAAUAUCUUCCCAAUAGUUUACGGAUUCUUGAUUGGACGAGGUGUCCGUCAGAUUCUCUGCCAUCACAUUUCAACCCUCAGAAGCUGCUCGAACUUAGCUUGUGUCAUAGUUGUAUUAAACAUGUUCGGAUAGGAACGGAGCCUUUAUGCAAUUUGAAAACCAUCAAUCUGAGUCACUCUCUGAAUCUUGUCAGCACCCCAAACUUUAAAGGUAUGCCAUAUCUCAAGUUUCUGUAUCUUGAAGGUUGUAUAAGAUUGUAUGAGGUUGACCCAACAAUUGAAGUACUUGAAAGACUUACUGUGCUGAACUUGAAAGAUUGCAAAAGUCUCGUGCAUUUUGCAAGCAGUGUACGUGGCUUAAAAAAUCUCAAAGUUCUGAAUCUUUCUGGUUGCUCAAAGCUUAAAAAACUACCAAAUGACAUGGGUCAUUUAGAGAGUCUGGAGAAGCUUCACGUGAAUGGCACCGGCAUAAGAGAACUACCCUCCUCUAUUGGAAUGCUUGAAAGACUUCCUCUACUGAAAAUAGAAGAUUGCAAAGAUCUCGUGUGUCUUCCAACUAGUCUUGGUGGCUUAAAAUCUCUCAAGGUCUUUAUUAUUUCUGGUUGCUCAAAGGUUGAAAAAUUGCCAGAGGAGUUGGGCGAUAGAAAGUGCUUGGUAGAGGUUGAUGUGAGUGGAACUUCUAUAAAAGAGCUACCUUGCUCUAUUGGAUUGCUUGAAGGACUUGUUUUUGUGUCCUUGAGAGAUUGCAAACAUCUUGUGUGUCUUCCAAGCAGUGUAGGUGGCUUAAAAUCUCUCAAAUAUCUCAAGCUUUCUGGUUUGUCAAAGCUUGACAAAUUGCCGGAUGAGUUGGGUCAUGUUGCUUGUUUGGAGAAUCUUGAUGUGAGGGGAAGUGGCAUAAGAGAACUGCCCUCCUCUAUUGGCAUGCUUCAAGGACUUGUUUCUAUGUCGUUGAGAGAUUGCAAACAUCUUGAGUGUCUUCCAAGCAGUGUAGGUGGCUUAAAAUCUCUCAAAGAUCUCAAUCUUUCUGGUUGCUCAAAGCUUGACAAAUUGCCGGAUGAGUUGGGUCAUGUUGCCUGUUUGGAGAAUCUUGAUGUGAGUGGAAGUGGCACAAGAGAACUGCCAUCCUCUAUUGGUCUUUUGAAAAACCUCAAAGAAUUGUCUCUUGCUGGAUGUAAAGCAGAGUCACCUGAAUCAUGGAAUAUGAUGUUCAAUCCCUUUCAGUUAUUGCGAAAAAGAAGUCACAUUCCGGCAGGAUUGUCGUUGCCUUGUUUGUCUGGUUUGCAUUCAUUAACUGAAUUGGAUCUAAGUGACUGCAAUCUUUCUGAAGAAGCAUUGCCCAGUGAUUUUGGAUGCUUGUCUUCAUUAAGAGAUUUAAAUCUCAGCAGAAAUCAAUUCAGUAGACUACCCGAGAGCAUCGGCCAACUCUCUAAGCUUGAAUAUCUUUUGUUGCAUCGGUGCUACAAGCUUCGGAGAUUACCAGAGCUUCCAUCUCAUCUAUGGGUAUACGCUGAGAACUGCAUUUCAUUAGAUACAUUGGCCAAUCAAAGCAAUUCGGUGCGAGGAGGAAAUUUUGUCAACUGUUUCAAACUGGUGGAGAAUCAAAGCUGUGAGAGUAUAGCACUUUCAUUCCUAACACGAUGCCUUAAGAGUCGAGCAUUUUCUGACCAUAAAGAAUUUGGCUUUGUUGUUCCUGGAAAUGAAAUUCCAGAGUGGUACAAUCACCGAAGUGUGGGGUCUUCGAUUACCGUAGAGCUGCAUCCAGGUUGGUUUAGUAACAAGUGGAUGGGAUUCGCCUGGUGUGUCGUUUUUAAACUCCUCAAACCUCUCCCGCCUGCCACUGAGUGGUUCAUUUAUUGCUACGUGAGUGCCAAUGGAAAAUCCUUGUUUCGCGGUUGUACAGUGUUUGGGGGAGAGUGGGGUCAACCUGUGUUGGAUCACAUUUGGUUCUUUUGUGGGGCGCGUGGUUGGUUCUCUCGACUUUGCAAGGAUAUCUACUAUCAGCUUGUAUUCUUAUUUCAACCGUGGUGCUGGGAUAAACAAAUAAUGAUCAAGGAAACUGUGCAAGUGAAGAACUGUGGGGUCCGUAUGAUAUAUGAGGAAGAUGCAGAGGAGCUUUCGGAAACACUAGGAAUAGUGCCAGCGCUUUGCUGCGGGAUAUGAAUUGUGAGCAUGAAAUGUACUAAGUUUAAGCAACUUUGUUUCUAAACUGAAGGCUUCCCUUUAAUCCAUUGUGCCUUUGUCUACUCCCUUUUGUUCAUCACCUUCAAUUGGUCGUAUAAAACUAAACAUAAAAAACAGAAUAUAAAUGACAAAACAGUACAAUAUGAUCACUUUUCAAUAUCUAUGGCAGCUGCCAACAAAUUGGCUAUC